AUGGAUUGUAACCAAGGAAGGGGCACAGAAAAUACUUUCUGUGGCAAAGACGAAGAGCUGUCAAAUCUUCCAGACAAGCUACAGAAGAGGCUUUUGCCAUUUCAAAGAGAGGGGGUCAAAUUUGCCCUCUCGAGGAAUGGACGAUGUAUGAUUGCAGAUGAGAUGGGGCUAGGGAAGACGCUGCAGGCCAUCUCAGUGGCCUAUCUGUACAGACAUGAGUGGCCACUCCUCAUAGUGGUACCAUCAUCUUUAAAAUAUCCGUGGAUCGAAGAGAUGGAGCAUUGGAUCCCAGAACUCGGCCCGGGAGACAUCUUUCUGGUGGAAAGCAAGACUGAUAUUGUUGGCAUUGGCAGCAGUAAGGUGACAGUUUUGGGGUACGGCCUCCUGACCACUGAUGCCCGCACCCUGGUGGACGCUCUGACCAAGCAACAUUUCCAGGUCGUGCUGGUGGACGAGUCUCAUUACCUGAAGUCCAGGAAUGCGGCGCGGAGUAAAAUCCUGGUCCCAAUCAUCCAGAACGCCAAACGGGCCAUCCUAUUAACGGGCACACCAGCACUAGGCAGACCUGAGGAGCUCUUCAUGCAGAUUGAUGCUUUGUAUCCCCGCAGAUUUGGGAUGUGGACUGACUAUGCCAAAAAAUUCUGUAACGCUCACUUUAGGUAUUUUGGGAACCGGCGACAGUGGGAUUGCAGGGGGGCGUCUCACCUGGACGAACUGCACCGCAGACUCAAUGAGAUUAUGAUCCGCAGACGCAAAGACCAGGUGUUGUCUCAACUCCCCCCGAAAAUCCGCCAGCGAAUCCCUUUCGACCUGCCCAAAGACAAAGCCAAGGAAGCCAGUGCCAGCCUAGAGGAGUGGGAGAGAUUAAUGAAGGGGCUGGAUUCAGGGACGUGCACCCACGAUAACCCCUUUGUGGAGGUUAUGGGCCUCAUUACACACAUGUACAAACAGACAGCUGUGGCAAAGGCUGGUGCGGUAAAGGAUUACAUCAAAAUGAUGCUGGAGAACGACAAACUCAAGUUCCUGGUGUUUGCUCAUCAUCUCACCAUGCUGCAGGCGUGUACAGAGGCAGUCAUUGAGACUAAGGCCGGUUAUAUCCGGAUUGAUGGAAGUGUUCCGUCAUCAGAGCGAAUCCAGCUCGUUCACCGCUUUCAGAACGAUCCCGACACUCGAGUGGCCAUACUCAGCAUUCAAGCAGCAGGACAGGGCUUGACGUUUACUGCUGCGACCCAUGUGGUGUUUGCCGAGCUGUACUGGAACCCAGGGCACGUGAAGCAGGCAGAGGACCGGGCUCACCGGAUUGGCCAGAACUCUUCUGUCCACAUUCACUAUCUCAUCGCCAAGGGAACAUUUGACACCGUCAUGUGGUCUAUGCUCAAUAGGAAGGAAACAGUGACGGGUAGCACUCUGAAUGGAAAGAAAGAGUAUCUGGAGGCAGAAAUUGGGGACAAAGACAAGUGGGAUUUUCUGAAUUUUGCUCAAGCGUGGACUCCUAAUGACGCUUUGACGGCCAGUAGUGAGGACGGAAAAACUUCUGUUUUCUUUUCCCAUUUUGAGAAAGACAGACAGCAUGACAUCCGUACGUUUUUCUCUCCCUGUGCGAGUAAAGAGAAGAAGAGAAAGAGAACGGGGGAUGAAACGUCAGAUGAGUCUGAUCUGGCUCUCUCAGAUAAAGUGGCCGCGGAAGGAGAGGAGGAGGCCAUGGGGGGGGACAGUCCAGAUUCCACCAAUCAGGAUGAAGACUUUGCACCGCAGGUGAAAAGGCUGAAGCAGGCGACACCACUGUCCCGACGCGGAGGGAAGAGGGUUUCCUUGGGGGGGUCGAGGAGCCCCCUGACCCCCCUGCUUGGCCCCCGGCGGCUCUCGGGUCCCCGGCCCCCCCAGCAUAAUCAGAAAUGGAGCUGCUCUCUCUGCACAUUCUCUAACAGUGGCCUAAUGCUGCGCUGUGAAAUGUGUGAGUCACCACGCUCGCACAGAGUUUCUGGUGAGCAGAGCAGUAGCAGCAGCAGCUCACCGGCCCCAGAGCAGCACUCUGCCCCCCCUCACCCCCCCACACCCAAAACCAGCCCCUGCGUCGUUGUCGUCUCAGACUCAGACGCGCAGCAUGAUGACAGCCCCCGUCUGCAGACACGGCAGACUCUGCAGGAGGACCAUGCGCAGACACAGGCCGGAGGGAGAAGCACGCCGACCAGGAGCCCCACCCCAAGUGGCCCCACCGUCGCCGACCAGCGUGAAAGUGUGUGUAACUCAGCCAGUGACACCCUCCCCCUGUACGACAGUCUGAAAUUCUGUGCCAGCAGGAACACAGACCGAAUCUACAUUUACGACAAGGAUGGCAGUCCUCUCCACUGUAACUUUGUCCCUCUGGAUAUCACGCUGCAGAACUGGGAGGACCUGCCUGUGGAGUUCAGCCGGCCAGAGAACCGCAGAGCUGUGGUGCGAUUUGUGCGGGAGUGGAACAGUCUAACAGCGAUGAAGCAGAGGCUGGUGAGGAGGAGUGGUCGUGUGUUCACCAGUCCAGUCCAGCUACUGGAACAACUCACACACAGCCAACGCACACACAGCAGCACCAAGAGAUACAUCACCAAAGCAGACGUAGCCCAAUCCUCCCUGGUUAAGGCCCAGAGGGAAGGAGGUAGCGUACGCAUCAUCAGCAAAGAGAAAAGAAACGCAACAACAACAGAGCACCAGACAAGGCAAGUAGAGUCAGAGAGCAGUGUCCCACAACAAGCUGAUGUACAUCCAGGGAUGAAGUCGGUGGAGGCAGAGCUUAAGGAGGCGGGAUAUGUACAAGCAGUGGACAGCACAGGUGUGCCACUGUGUCUGUCAUGCCAGAAGCCCUGUUUGGAGGGAGGAGCCUCAGAGAGCGGCUUCUGCAGUUCGGCCUGUCAGGAGGAGCUCCGUCUACGCUCGUACCAAUCACACAUGCGUACGCGGGUUCUGGAAGCGGAGCAGGGCGUGUGUCAACACUGCGGACUCAACGCUCAUGAGCUGUACCUGCGCAUCAAGGACGCCCCACACACACACAGGAAACAGAUCUUGGAAAGCACCUGGCUUGCUCAGCUACCUCUCAAACAGCUGAACGAUAUGAUCCGUAACCCGGUGGAAGGCCAGUUCUGGCAGGUGGACCACAUUCGUCCCGUCUACAGCGGCGGUGGGCAGUGUCUCCUUGACAACCUGCAGACCCUCUGCACCGUGUGUCACAGAACAAGAACCUCUCAACAGGCAUCAGAGAGGAGCAUCAUGAAGAAAGGACAAGCCGCCAGCAAACUGGCCUCUGACAUCACCAGAUUCUUUUACAAGAAAUGAGAAAAGCAUCACUCACUCCUUACAUCUCUAACAACCCAACACGGAGGUGCUGUGAAAACAUGA